AUGCCUCCACACCAGCCAGGGGCGCAGCGCCGCCACCUGACGGGCCCCGGGCUGGCCCGGGCUGCCCUGUCGCGGAUCUGCAGGUAUGGCUGGGCAUCCGACUGGGGCGACAAUCUCUUCAUCGGGACUGUACUAGAGUUUGGCGUCCUCAACGGCUCGUACCUGAAGGGCUUCGGGGAACACUUCAGAUGGAAGCCUGUCUUCUGGGGGUUCGACUCCUUCGUCGGGCUACCAGCAGAGGCGGAGGGGCAGCCGCGCCCUCUCGCGUGGAGCCCAGGUAGCCUCUCCAGUGUCGGGUCGGGCCCAGCAGCCAGUGAGGACAAGCACGCCGCGGUGGCUCGCGCCGUCGAGCGCGUGCACGCCUCAAUUACAGAGGGCUUUCCAGAGCGCAAGGUCCACCUCGUACCCGGCAUGUACAGCGAGAGUUUGACGCCCCAGCUCGCUGCACGCAUCCUGCGGACCUCUGGGCCCGCCUCCUUCAUUGACAUUGACAGCGACCUUUACAUCAGCGCCAGGCAGGCGCUCGACUGGGUCUUUGAGCACGGGCUCGCCCGCGUGGGCACGGUCAUUCGGUAUGAUGACUGGUGGACGCUAGCGUGCGCCACGCGCAACCCGCGCAACCGCAACUACCACCGGGACGCAGCGUCCAUCGAGAGCUACGGAGGGGAGCCGCUCGCCCACGAGGAGGUUGCGCAUCGGCACGGCGUCACCUUCGCGUGUGCGUGCGGCCCGUGCGACGCCGAGAGCGGCGGACCGAUGUCUCGAUACUUUGCGACCGGGCACGUGGGCUUCAACCCCUUCUUUCGCGUCGCGAAACUGAGCGCGCCGCCGGGAAACACGGGAUUUGCCGCCAACGGGACGAUGGUUGGGCGUUUCCUCGACAGGAUGCCCGUGUGCAGAAACUACCGUUCUCGCGGUUCGUUCGCGCUGUCUAGUCAUAGCAACACCGCUCAUGUCUGA